CUCGUCGUCAGUCAAGAUGACCGAAGUCACGUCCCAAGACGAUACUACGAUGACCGAAGACAACUCCGGAACUCGACCUGUGUUCGACACAACCUCUAAACCUAGUCGGCAAGAUCCAAAGGACGUUAUCGUGGGGAUUCACACUACCCCACAAGCAAAGGUCGUGGCGAACGACCUCAUCAUAAGGACGAUUUUUGGCUUUCUGGAGAAACGCUCCGAUUUGCUGAGCGCUAUGCUUCUUUGCAAGUCGCUCUCGUACAUCCCGGCCCGUUUGAUGUACAAGACGUGUUCCGAGGACGAUCUAGCUCGAGUGUGGACGCGAGGGUGCAGUCCGGUGAGUUGUCUGCCGAGUUUUGCAAGUGGGAUGUGCACUAAUAGGACGUACUUGACCUCAACAGGACCGCUUUACGGUCUGGCAAAAAUUAGUCUUCCGUCGGAGACCGCUGAAGGAAUGACUUCGAUCAAGCUUGAGGAGGCCUAUCUUCACGACGGCCGUCAAAUACUCAUUCAAGGCGAGAGGUCGCUUGACGGACUCGAUCUUACUACUCGCAUAUUCGAGGUUCAGACGGGCGAUGAGGUUGCUUGGGAAGGAAUCCGCAGCAUCGAAAUAGAUCGAGCGCGACCGAAAACCUCUUUCGCACGGACUCUCAAGGCCUUGAUUAUGUCCGCGAUAGAGGCCGACAGCGACCGCUCUUCGCUUGCAAGACUACAACGGUUGUCGUUGCUCUCCAUCGUCCUCGGUAUCACCGAUCUGGAGAAGAUCUUCGCCAGGUGCCCUUAUCUGACGAUGUUGGGUUGUACAUUGGAGCCUACAGAAGCCACCAAGCGUAGUACAUACUUAGACAGGCUGGACGACCUGAUGGAGGGUCCAGGAGCCAACAUACGAGAGCUGGACGUUUACUGUCAUCCAUGGACAGUAAUGGACUACCUAUCUGUUCUCUCGGGGCGGCCAUCAGUCAUCCACCUAACAGGCUACGAAGAGGAUUUCCAUCUGACGGACUGGACCUUUGAAAGAGUUGAACCCUUCAUACCGGGAGACAGCGGUUGUCAGACACAAGCAUUUAUUCUCAGCUUGCAAUUCGAAGAUACCUGGGACGUGAAUUCGCCAGACCCUUACACGUUCGCGAAAUCUCUUCGGAUGUGCCUCCCGCCUGGCUGCGCUAUCAAAAUCGACAUAUUCGAUAAUGACCCAUCUGAAGUUCAGGUCACCUGGGUUCGAAUAGUCCGCUCGAUCUUGGUGGCGCUUGAGAGGGAGGACAUGCACUCUCGGAAGCGAGGCUGGACCUUGGUUGGAGGAAUGGAUGGAUCCGACCUAUCCAGGUGAUUCGCAAACCUCUACCGAAAGAGCGCCACCACCGCCUUGCCAAGAAAACCAGAAUCGCGAUUGAUUGCGGUCGCUCGACCGUGCUCAUACGAACGAGGGAAGCGUGCUUCCCAGUACUACGUUAACAUUACGACUUUCAUCUUCUUAUAACGAUCUCUUUACGCAAUUUCUUACUCGUCUCGUAUACUACUCUGACAUCCAACUGUAAUCGAUCAAUACCUUACUCUUCCGAUCCUACCAUACCGAGAUUUCGUUGACUACGCUGCUUCGGCUUGUUU